GGAGCUGCCGCGGUCCUGGCUCUCGUGCCGCCGCCAGCCUGCCCUGCGCGAGCCCCCGGGGUGCGCGGCCCGGACAGUCCCUGCGCCUGGGGCUCUGGUACCUGCUCCCGCAGCGCCCCCAGCUCCUCUGCCCACGCAGGCGGGGCUGUCGCGUCCGUGUAGCCCCCGCGCCGCCCCUCCGGCGGGCCCAUCUCCGCUCGUAGCGGGCGCUGUUGCUGCCUGGUGACCUCCCCAGCGCCCUGUCCCACGCACACGCCACCCGCGCCUCUGCAGGGGAGGCUGCGGUUACUCCUCCCAUCUCUGCCUUGCACCCUCCGGUGCGGGGAGGGGGUCUAGUCCUUGCAGGCAGCUUCAGUGGCCAAGCCUGGGACUGAGAUAAUGCUGCUGUCUGGGGACAGGGCUUGCUGCGUCAUUAGUGCUUCCAGCGCAUGUGGGAAUUCCGUGGGGACCCCAGCCCAGGGAUCCUGGAGCUGUAGUGGGAUCAUCUUGAGCCAGAGUCCAGGGAUUGUGCUGUGCCAUGGAGCCAUCUUCUCUCCUUUCCUCUUGGAGGAGGUGAUAGCAGCAAAGCAAGGCAACUGGUCCCAGUGCAGUGUCCUGCUGGCGAACAGCUUCUCCCCAGAUAUUCAGAUCCAGGUUCUCUGGGCUGCAGAAAGUAGAAGCAAAGGGAAUGGUAAGGGUGUGUUGGGUAAAGAUUUAGGGGCCUGCAGCCCAGCUCUGGGGUUCAAUCCCCUUUCAAACCAACAGGGAUCUCCUGGCACCCUCAGGCAGCAUGAUGCCAAGCUCCUUAUGAUGGUGCCCUGCCCAGAGUUCCAGGACACUUUCUCCAAAGUCUUCACCCGGGCUGAGCAGUGGCAUUUCUGUAGGAGUGAAGAUGAGCAGGAGCAUGGGGCACUCUUGGAUGAUUUGCGCUAUCUGCAUUGGUUUGCCUUGCUGGAAAUCCCAGACCUCAGCUCACCUGGUAUAGCUCAAGUGAGCUGUGUGCUGGCUGAGUCAUUGAGGAAAGGUGACACGCUAUUUGCCUGUGGUUCCCCUUUUGGUUCAUUUUGCCCAGACAUUUUCAUGAACACUCUUAGUAAAGGGAUAGUGAGUAACCUAGCUGGAAAAGGCAAUGUCCUUAUUCUGACUGAUGCUCGUUGCUUGCCUGGCACCGAAGGAGGAGGAGUCUUUGCGUGCUCUGAAGAUAGUUUUAAUCUGGUUGGAAUAAUUGUGGCUCCACUUUGUUGGAAGGCCAAUGAAUGGGUUGGAUUGACGUUGGUUUGUUCAAUUGGCCAUAUUCUGGAGAAUGUCAGGAGUGCCUGGGUUGGGUCUAGAAGUUCUAUGAAAACCUGGUGGCCUCAUGUGCAAUUGGUUGCUAAGCCUGUUGGGAAGAUGGCAGUCAGCCCUGGUCCUGCACAGUAUCUCCUGUCUGCAGUGGUGUUGGUGGAGUGUGGUCAAGUCUGGGGAUCUGGCGUGCUGGUCAGUUCAAGGCUAGUGUUGACCUGUCGACAUGUGGUAAAUGAUGCCUCGGAUGUCUGUGUAAGGGUACAGCACAGCCCUGAAAAGGGCUGUGUCCUUAAAGGGAAAGUGGUGUUUACUACAAACGAUGAUUCUCCCUAUGACAUAGCAGUGGUAGAACUAGAAGAAAGCUUACUGUGUUUUGCAAAACCUGUUUUAGCUACCAAGUUUGGUCCAGGAGAAGAAGUGAGUGUUGUUGGCUUUGGUGUGUUCGGCCAGAGCUGCGGCCCAUCAGUGACAUCAGGAAUCUUGUCAGCUGUGAUCACGGUGGAUGAGAAGCCAGUGAUGCUUCAGACAACCUGUGCGAUUCAUGGUGGCUCAAGUGGGGGGGCCCUUUUCUCCACAAACAGCGGAAAGCUCCUUGGGAUUGUUGCUAGCAACACAAAGGACAACAGCAUAGGGGCUACAUACCCUCACCUGAACUACAGUGUUCCCAUCACAGUUCUACAGCCAGCAGUCUUGGAGUACAGCCGUACUGGAGACCUGCGUGGUUUCCAGGAGCUGAACAGGGCCAAUGACAGAAGCAGACUAGUGUGGCGGCUCCAAAGAAAGACCACAGAGGUACCACACAGCAAGCUAUGAGGCUGGCCAUCUCAGAAAAGAAAGGUUAUUAAACAUGCACAACUGGAAGCAAAUCCAGUACCAGAGACAAGCAGGCAUGAAGCAAACAAAAGAGACUGGAACAGCCCCAAAGGCAAUGACAACAGGUGGGAUGUAAAAGUGAGCUUUUCGGAAUGAAAGGUCAAGUGUGUGUUAUGGCUUGUGAGGUGAUGCUGAUGGGGAAAAAAAUCCAAUACAAAACACAAACUCUAAGAAAAACAGAACAUUUCAAGUAGCGCACUGACUGAGAAGGUCAUCCCCUUCGGGAGUGGCACAUUCAAUUACAGCGUCCCCUCGUCGGUCAUGGUCAAUUAUUCUUUCCUCAGAAGAUCAGGAGAAAUAGCUGAAUAAAGGGGGGAUAAGCUGUCUGUGUGUAUUUAUUAGAGAGAGAUUGGGCGGAAAGGAAUGUAAAGCGUUCCACACAGCAAGGUGCAUUUAUUAUCACAGCUGGCUACAUAACAGUGUUCUCUAAUAUGGGAUCGUUGCAAGCAUGUUACUUGGGUUUACUGGGAUUUUAGAUUAAAAUUUUUUUUUUUAAUAUGCAGUAGCAAAUUGAGCUUCUGGUUCAGCCUUUUAGACUUAAUGUCACAUAAGAUCUGGAAUACCCAACGUAAGCCAAGCUGGCUGCCGCUGUUUUACCACACACCCACACACACUCUCGCUGCACUGGGGCACGUUUACACUGCACACACAUGCACAGGCUUUCAAGGCACACACCCAUAUGCCCACAGGGCCACACAUACAAUAUCAGCAUCUGAUUGCUGGGGGCCAGUCCAUCAAACUGAAAUUAACAUAGUUUGGGUCCAAUCCAGCUUCCAGUUAAGUCCCUGGCAAAAUUUACAAUGACGUCAUGGGAAUAGGAUUAAGCCCCUUAUUUGUGUGUGUGCUCACUGUAAGUAUCUCCAUCAAAAAAAGCCAACCAACCUUCUUAAGGCAAGAGCAGACACCCAGUUUGCGAUAAUGGAGGCUGCACUGAAAAUAGGGGGUGGAUGGCUGGUCUGCGAGUGGGGAGAUGGCUUUUCUUUCACUGAAGGAAUGUCAUUUUCAGGUCUGUCUUCAUCUUCAGUUGCACUGUGUCCCCAUGCUCCUCACCAAGUUGCUUCCUAUGCCCCACUAACCUACUCUUCCUGCCUUUAAAUACAUGUUCUUGGGGAACUGGUUCUUCUGUAUUAAAAACCUAAAGCACUGGCUUUUCCAGCUCAUCAGAGCUUCUCAAUUGUCCAGUGACUAACAGAACAUUCAAAAGUGACCAAAAAUACCUCAGCCCAACCCCGUGAUGGGCACACAAACUGAAUAGAAAGAAACUAGGUGCUUUCCAGAGAGAGCAAUGACAAAAAACACUGGUACGUGCAUUGUUCACAUUCAAUAAGUGCAUUGUCUCCUAGAGCAGAAGGAAAGUGUUCUACAUCUUACAAAGAAACUGACCUUUCAGACUUUGUUUCCCUUUUCUGGCAGGGUGAAGGUGGCCUAAUACUCCCACGAACAGGGAAAGAUGCGAACUGGAGCGAUGUUGCCACUAGUCCUUCAUCUCAUCUUCUGCAACAUGGAGGCUUUCUAGUACUGAUCAUGGAAAUUGUGGCUGGAAUUACACCAUGGUUUCAAGAAGCUGAAUGGGCAGCCUUAUGGCCAGUUUUACUGGUCUGAGCAGCUCCCAGCUUUGCAAAGUGUAGAACACUGGAAGGAGUUUUCUGAAGCCCACAACACAUCUCGCUUACACACACCCAAAAGUCUAAUCAAUACAUUGGACAAGAUGAAGCUGCAGUCUAUGUGAUCACCCAUUGUCAUUGAACCCUCCUCUUCCCUUCCCCCCCCAAUCCCUAAUAAAUGGACCUGACACCACCAAUAUAUUUCACCUGGCCCCAUUAAUGGGUAUCAUAUAGCAACAGCUUUUGGGCACUACCAAUCUGAGUCAGGUUCCAGCCAAGCUUUCGGGUUUUCAUAGGACAGCAUGUGCUUAUCUGAUCCUGUUAGGUCAUGGUUUGUCCCGCCUGUACCAGCUGCAAGGUACGCUUUCUCCAAGACCAUCAAUGGCUCUUAGCCAAGAUGGUUAGGGACACACCCCCAAGCUCGGAGUAUCCCUAAACCUCUGACUGCCAGAAGCUGGCACUGGACAUCAGGGGAUGGAUGGGAAGGAAGUGGGUAUAGAACAGGUUUUCUUGGGCUCUUAUUGUAAUGAGCCUGUCAAUGCAGUUUGUUUUUUCCAUCAUGCAAGGUCAAUAAGGUUAUUAAAAUCAUUGAUCAAAACUUUGCUCCAUGAUUAAAAUGGUCUGCAAGUCUAA